CGCCGCCGGCCAUGAGCGUCCCGGGGUCCGCGUGUGCCGUGGGGGAACGGGCGGCGACGCCGCCGCCCGCGCGGUCCCUCCUCCGCCACGUGCAGCUGGAGAACCUGGCGGCGGGGCUCAGCGGCGGCGUCGUCUCCACCCUGGUGCUCCACCCGCUCGACCUCGUCAAGAUCCGCUUCGCAGUAAGCGAUGGAUUGGAGCUGAGGCCCAAAUACAACGGGAUUCUCCACUGUAUGACCACUGUCUGGAAGCAUGAAGGACUCCGAGGCUUAUAUCAAGGGGUAACUCCAAACAUGUUGGGAGCAGGGGCUUCCUGGGGACUUUACUUUUUCUUUUACAAUGCCAUCAAAGCUUACAAGAAGGAAGGGAAGCUGGAAAGUCUCAGUGCAACCGAACACCUAGUGUCAGCUGCAGAGGCUGGAGCCAUGACUCUCUGCAUUACAAACCCAAUAUGGGUAACGAAGACACGACUUGUGCUACAAUAUGACGCUGGUGUUGAUCCAUCAAAGAGGCAAUACAGAGGCAUGUUUGAUGCUCUUAUAAAGAUAUACAAGACGGAGGGCGUACGUGGCUUGUAUAAGGGAUUUGUGCCUGGUCUGUUUGGAACUUCACAUGGAGCGCUUCAGUUCAUGGCAUAUGAAGAUUUGAAACUGAGAUACAACAAGUACAGAAACAGAGUAUCAGAUACAAAAUUGAACACUGUGGAAUACAUAACAAUGGCAGCUGUGUCCAAAAUAUUUGCUGUGUCUGCAACAUAUCCCUAUCAAGUUGUGCGAGCUCGUCUUCAAGAUCAGCAUAAUACGUAUUCUGGUGUGUUUGAUGUGAUCCGGAGGACAUGGAGGAAAGAAGGAAUACAUGGAUUUUACAAAGGAAUUGUCCCCAACGUGAUCAGAGUGACUCCUGCCUGCUGUAUUACCUUUGUCGUUUAUGAAAAGGUGUCUGGUUUUUUACUUGCUUUUAGAAAAGAAACUAAUUAAAGGUAUGAGUUUGGGUUCAUAAGGAAUCUAUCGCUUAUUUUUAUAUUUAUGAUCUAGGAGAGAUUUAGUUCAGCAGUCUUUUUUGACACUGUGAAUUGAUCUAGUAUUUUGAGGAAAGAACCUGGAGAUAGUAAAACCCUGCCAACAUCUCUUCUGCUGAAUGUUCCUUCGUUGCUGCCUUCCGCUCUGAAUCAGCUGUGUCUGCUUGACACAGAUGUCUCAGCAACUGUGAAAUAACAGCACUGUGACUGGGUGCGGGCAGCUGUGCAGCAACUCCGUUCAUCCCGGUCUGCCUGGAAUAAUGGACUGAUCUGUUUUGACACGUCUCAAGAUAACAGUUGGUCAGAUUCUACUCCUACAGAAGCGGAAAACUUCAUAUAAAAGCAACUCUGGGGUCUGCAAAACUUUCUUAAAUCUUUAUCUGAACCUCAUGAAGAAAGUAUGUAUAUAGUUGCUUACAGCAAUGUCUUCUGAAUCAACCUCUGUGUUAUUAGUCAGAUUUUAGGAUAUGGAACGCUCCAAAUUCCAUUGCUCAUCCAACACAAAAAUGCUGCCUCAGUGGGGUGCAGUUUGGAAACUCAAAUUGUUUUGUAAAACAGCUGUCUAUUCUUUGGUUUGAAUAAUUGCCAAUCUGAUGAAACCCAGUUCUUGUCUCAUACCAGGACAGACUUGCAUUGUGGUUUUUGGCUUGCUUUCAGCACCAGACCAAAGUGUAUGUUGUAUGCAUUGCUGGCCACUUACGGAUGAACAGAUUCAUUUUCUCCCUCUUCCCUGCCUGCCCUCUCCCUCUCUCCAUCUCUCUCUCUGAGUGAGUUUGUCUCCAUUACUGAUACAUCUGACCAAAUAUUACUAAGCAAAUGCAUAUUUGAAAGUAGGCUUAGCUAACGUUUCAGAAAUGAGGCUUUUUUCCUAGUCUGUGUUUUCCCAUAGUGAUGCAGUUUACAAACUUAGCGAUAAACUAAAUUACAGUACAUAUUAGUGAAUUUAUAUAAUAAUGAUGUUUAUUUGUAUGCCACUAAUUGCUGUCAGAGAUACGUACUUUUUGGAAGUCUGGGUUUAUUUUUCUAGUUCUUCUUUAACAAAAUACAUUACUGGCCAUAACAUCCAUCUUCAGCUGUUAGUAAGAAGGUAUUAAGAAGUAUCUCGGAAGUAUCACUUAACAAAGGAAGAAGUAAAUUAGGAAAGAUAAUUCAACAGGUAGGGGGAAAUAAUCAGUUUUGUGAGGAGAGGAGAAUACUAUCCAGCUGAAUAAUGGCUUAGAAAGGUUUCCUGUUUAACAAAAAACUAACCUAAAGCAGAAAUAAGGCUUUAUAUAUUUAACAGAUUAGGGUAUUGGUUUCAAUUUUAAACUAAAAUCUGGAAGACUACAGAAAUUGCUCGAUAUUUUGAAUCUUAAUUCAGCAAUCCACUUGCUUGUUUCUGUUGAUACUAUUGCCACAUACCACGUUUUGUAUAUCCUUACCUUUAUUAAUAAUUCACACUUUCUCCUCCAUGAUCUCAUCUCCCCUACUGAUACAGUUGAUAAUCUCAUCUGAAAAGGGCAUGUGGCCAUCAUGGCUGGCUUUAGCUUUUAUUAUGAAAGUUUCCAUGUGCAUUUAGCCAAAGAUCAAAUUUACUGGAGCCUUGCCAUGCAAAUUACUGUAUAUAUCGCUAACAGCUACUACUUCUGUUUUUGGAGGGCGUUUACUUGUUCUUGUGUUUUCUACUAUGCAGAAUGAACAUAAUGGAACACUGAGUUCACCCAGGGUCCAAAAAAUAUUCAGAAGUCAUAUGAAUAAAUCAUAAGAAAAGAAUAAAAGCUGUGCACUUACCGCCCUGGAUUAGUGUGCUCUAGGCCCCCGACAACUUACUCAUGCUCCAGGAUAAAUAUGAAGACGGGCUACAAGCAUGUACACAACCAGUUACUGUAUGUUAACUGACAUUCUGUGCAUUCACACCAUAGCUGAGCUCAUAGUAACUUGCUUGUGUUCAGAUACCUUAAAACCCAUCGUCCAAGCCAAGGAAAACAGUACAGUUCUUCAGAGAAAAAAUACCAGCUGUAUAAUUUGCUGGCUUGCAGCAAUAUCACACAUAAGCUUGCAGUUGGGAAAGCCUGAAUGCUCUCCUAGCUGCAGUUGUGUUCCUCUAGCAUUCUUAACAAAAGCUGCAGACGAGAGCUACUAACUUGAGACAUGCCUGGGGAAAAUCUUAUAACCUGUGCAGAAAAAAAGCUGAGAUUUAAUCCGAAGUAGCUGAAAAUAAAUUCUGUAUCUCAGAUUUAGUGUCUUUUAAUUUCUGGGAAGACUACAUUUCUGCAUGUUGUACAUGCUUUUUCUUGUUUUAUUUCAUUCAUGUAAAAUUGAUGUUGUAAUAUAAAUAUUAAUAUUGUUUCCCUUUAGAAUCUGUACAAUUUUUAAUAAUGUUUAUCACUUGUUGUAUUUGGAAGAAAAUACUUGAAAUGCUGAAGCUAAUGCAGUGCUGGCAUGGUCAGUGUUAUUCUUAUUUCUCUGUCUUCCAAACUAUUUAAUAUGUCUAGCUUUUCAUUAACACCAAAGUGACUGUGUAUAUGUGAAAGGCUAAAUCCAGAAUUAUUUUACUGGAGCAAUGAAAUUAAGCUUUGUAACUAUAAAAUUAUUUAGCAUCUGUGUGCUAAUAUUGGAGACCAGUAAUAGAUUUUUAUACUGAAAUCUAGGCUAUUGAGAAGUGAGAGACGGUGAGCUUGGAUAGUCUGUUUUUACUUAGCUAUUCAGAACGAGGUAUUUAACACUUACUACAUCGGCUAGGUCACAGUUAAGUUGCCAGGAGUUUGUUGAGAGACCUAAGGCUGUACCAGCAGAGCAUCCUAUUCUGUAGUCAGGGUCACAGGAGUAGAUGUUAUGUAUGUUUUCUGAAGGCUAAAGCCAAGACCUGAGUUUACUUUCUUUGAACCUUCUAUGAAGUCUUCUAAAAAACUUGUGUAACACCAUGUAAAGUUCCUUAAACAGUUUGAUGAUAAAAUAAAAUAGUCUGGAUUUUUUUUUUUUUUGUAAAAGAUCAUAUUUAUUUGAUACAAAAAGUUACAGUUAAUUCUUAAAAUGGUGGUGGUACAUAUUCAUACGUCAAACAAGGAAUUAAAAAGUUAAUGAACUUGG